AUAAUAUCAAUAAUAAUCAUUCUUCCACAAAUGAGAAAACAGACAUAUUCUUUAGAUCAUGUUGAACCAGGCCCACAAAUUACAGAUCAGUUAGCAGGUCUCAGUGAUGUUCAUAUUGCCAGUAAGAAACUGUUCCUGAUACAAGGAGACAGACCUCAACUGCUAAACUGGGAGAGGUAUGGGCUAAGAAUAGGAGUAUCUGAAGGAACCUUACCAUCGACAGAGACAGUGGAAGUUGCUGUAGUUGCUCUUGUAGGAGGACAGUUUGUGUUUCCUGAGAACACAAUACUUGUUAGUGCUGUGUAUGCAGUCUUUGUAUCCAGACCUCUCCUUAAACCUAUGAGGCUCGAGAUCCAACACUGUGUUGAUACUGCAGAUGAUCCAAGUGUUAGCAAUCAUUUAAAAUUUGCCAUAGCUCCAAUCAGCCAACCUGGUCUUCCUUAUCAUUUCUCCAUGGUUAAUGGAGGAAAAUUUAAUGAGACUAAAUGGUACGGGUCUAUUAAUCGAAAGGAGUUUUGUCUUGUCAGUAUUGUGGGCAUCAAGAGUAUUGGAGGAGAGGAAGAAGAGGAGGAACGAAAACGAAAAGAAGAGGAGAAUGAAGGAGGUCGUCAUAAAAAGAAGGGAUGGCAGCAGCAACAAGAAAAAGUCGGAAAUAAGUAUGACGAAGAAAAACUUGAUGAAGAGGAGCAUAAAGAAAGAAAAAUAGAGCUAUUGGAGUUGCAAAAAGAUGUCAAGGAAAAAGCCUUCACUACUGGUGUAUCAAAAUCAAUAACAUAUAUUGCUGUGUUGUAUUAUGAAGUAAAUGAUGAGGCGAAUGAUGAGGUGACAUUCACUACUGCUAAAAAACUGAACGCUCUCAUUGAGCACAUCGAGAAAUAUUAUGCUAAAGCUAAGAAGAGGCAGCCUAUUAAUUAUCGAUUUGGAGACUCAUCUGAAUAUAUUGAGCUGAUAUUAGAUCACACUCCACAGGAGCAUCCAUUCACUGGUUGGACCAUUAAACCUCUCGUUAAACCUUGUAGGUUAUACAAAGAAGACAUUGAUGAAUUUGGUGAAGAUGAUGCCUUUCCUCCUAGUUCUGUGAUAUUGGUUCAUGGUUCACCUUCUUUUACCACUGUACCUAAGUUAUAUUAUGAUGUACCAUUGAAAGGUGUACAUCGUCCAGUAAUACUAUGCAUUGAUGGAUCAUUGAGGAAUAUUCCCUCAGGAUAUUUAUCUUAUACAGCAGCUAUUGGAAUUUAUGGACUAGUACUGCUUGGAGUGAUAAUUCUAAUUUUGUUUGGAUAUUUUGUUUUCAUCAAGGAUUCUACUCCAGCAACAGUGUUUUAUAUAGCUCCAGCAACAGUGUUUUAUGGACUUGUACUUGGUCUAAUAGUCUCAUCUUUAGCUGAAUAUUUUUCCAUGUGGACUCAUAUUAUAAGAAUAUUUUUUGGAACUUUUGUUGUGGUUGUUGUUAUUAAUUUGCUCAUGACCUGGAGAAAUGGAAGUGACAUCACUAAACUGCAAAGUCUUCUGGCAUCUACUAUUAUUGGACCUAUCGUUGUAGAAAUUUUUAAGAAGCUAUGAAUCUAUAUGUUUUCAAUUUAUGUAUUAUUUAACUGAUAGAAUUUGAGAAAAUUUCUGAGCAACAUUUUCAGUGAAUUUAA